AUGGCCACCUCCCUGUCUGACCUUAAUUCUACUCUUACGUCCGCACUGGAAAACUUCCCAGCUCCCGAGAACAUUAAAGAUGAGGAGCGUAUGCAACUUCUCGGGGCGAUUGGUCAGCUUCAAGCUGCACUGGAGACACCGGUCCAUGUCAUCCAAAAGCACUGUUUUGCGCACUAUGGGAUUACUGGAAUCAGGGUGGCCCAGGGCAUGGGGAUCUUUGAUGCGUUCGUCACGUCUAAUGGGGCUGAGAUGACACUGGGAGAACUUUCGUCCAAAACGAAAGGGGACUUGGAACUUCUCGAACGUAUUAUGCGGUUCCUUUGCUCCCACAAGAUCUGCAAGGAAACGGAUGCCGAAACAUAUCGGCCUUCACAGAUAGCCAUGCUAUUCGGAACUGGAUCGGUGCCUGGUGAUGUGAUUAAGCAUUUUCACACCAAUAUGCAAAUGACUGCGAAACUGUUUGACUACUUUGAACAAAGGGACUACAGGAAUCCUUCAGAUGCUUACGAUGCGCCCUUCCAACUGGCCUAUCAAACGAAAGAGCAUUACUUCGACUGGUUAAGCAAGAGACCUGCGAUACAGAGGGUCUUUAACUCAGUAAUGACCGAGAGCAAGAGACACUGCGGGAUAGAGUGGUUCGAGAUUUAUCCAGUCCUGGACAAGCUACAGGUAACUCCAGAUCGAGUUGCUUUGGUCGACGUCGGUGGUGGCGUUGGACAUGAUAUCACCGCACUCAAGACAAGGUUCCCACAGCUGCCGGGCAAAUACAUCCUCGAGGACCUCCCACAAGUCAUUGACGACAUCAGAGAGCCGCUGCCCGAAGGAAUCAGUGCCGUCAAAUGCAAUAUGUUCGAGGGCCAGCCAAUCCAAGGGGCCAAGGCUUACUACAUGCGGACGGUACUGCAUGACUGGCCAGACAAGGCGGCCCUGGAAGCUCUGCGUCACAUCCGUAAGGCAAUGGCCAGUGACUCCAUACUCCUUGUCAACGAGCAUGUAAUGCCCGACGGUGCCAAUGUGCCCGCUAUAUCUGCAACACUCGAUCUCCAUAUGAUGGAGGUCUUUUCUGCCCUGGAGCGAACGGAGAAGCAAUGGAUUAAUCUGCUCGAGAAGGCGGAGUUCAAAGUCACUCAAGUUUGGAAGUCUGAAGGGGACGUUUGUACUGCGGUAUUUGAGGCUAUUUUGGGAGAAUGA